CACGACCGCCUCCCACCAGACACAACAUUGCUGUCAUCCAACGAUUGCAAAGUCGCCCAGACGAAUGUCAGUGACGUCGGAAAAUGUCUGGAACCGAUAGAUUUUCGUUCCAGAUCACGGUGCAAAGUCUAGCUAGGGUGCUAGCGAAAAUCAACCCUACGCCAUGGGAAAAGGUGCAGACACUUUUCCGAUAUUGCCCACAGGAAAAUGCCGCGGGAGUGUUUUGCCUGGACUCUCGCGCCCAGGAUGCCGUCAUUGCACUCGGAUUGUACUUUCUCGAGAGUGGACAUCAAUAUGAAAAUGAAAUUGUUCCAUAUUUGCUGCGCUUGGCCAAGUCUUUGCCGAAGGCAGUUUGGGUGGAUGACGCAAAGCAUAAUAAAAUCGAUCGUAUUCCGUCUGCGGAGAAAUUCAGCUUUUGUCUGAACACACUCCUGUCCGACAUUGCGACCGGAUGCCCAGAUUUACGUGAUGAGAUCAUCCUCAAUCAAGUGGAGACACUCAACGCUCUCACCAACAUAAUCAAAUCAAGUCGUGACUCCAGUCAAGCCCCGCCGCCGAUUAUUCUAUGCAAAGCAACAGUUCCUCUUCUAUUUGGACUGGGGCGUGCGAUGGGAAGAUACGCAACCAAUGACCCACCACUUCUUUGUCGGAUAUUCCCGCGACCUCCCAUGCCAAUAGUUAAAGCUCGUGACCCCAAUACGUUGACUUCAAAUGAACGCCUGUCGAGUUUCAGUCAUUUCCGCUCUAUCAUACCGCGGUCAAUGUCUGGAAGUCUCAGCCAGGAUUCCGUUGAUUCACGCUUCCUGAAGCCACCACCAAAUCCAAUGCACGGAAAUACCAAGAGACCAUCACUGCAAACGUUCUACUCGGUCCCAUACGACCCAACCACAUAUUUCUUCACUCGAUUCGGAUCGAGCUUCAAUCAAUUCCCAAAUAUGCGAUUCUGCGAAACACCCGUGAAGAAGACCAGGAUCUCGUUCCCCAUCCAACACCUGCAGACAAUCUUCGCAAUCGCCAAGAAACUACUGACUAAAGAGAUCCUGGAACAUCUGGACGAACAAGCAAGCGACAUUUUUUCCUUGCACCAGAUCAAGGGCUAUUGCUACAAGAGCUUCUCUGAAACCAUCACAUUAGUCAUGGUAACGCUAUUGAGGGAGUUGCUUCAGAAUCAAAGCGACUUGCCGACACCGUUUACGAAAGAUGUACAGGAGUUCGUGAAGCGAUUGUUCCUUAUUGGACAGACGGAGCUCCAGAACAAGCAACAGGAUCACGAGCGAGAGAAGCGGGACGAAAACAUCGCGGUGGUGAAUAAGUACAAGGUGAACGUGAUGGCGAAUGCGGCGUGUGUUGAUCUGCUCGUUUGGGCUAUCCGCGAUGAAACAGUUGAUGAAGAGUAUAAUGUACCGUCGUUGCUUUAUGGUUUAUCUUAUUUGCUAAAGAAAGAAGCUGACACACUAUGCGGUCGUCUAUAUCAAAAGCUAAACUCGGUGCUGAGCCAGAAGCUGGUUUUAGACCACAUGCCCUUGUUGAUGGUUUGCCUUGAGGGUCUCGGAAAACUUGCACAAAAAUUUCCAAACAUCGCAGGCACAUCUAUCUGUUACCUUCGUGAUUUUCUCGUGGAUCCGAGUCCAAUUUUAGCCAAGCUACACGCGCAGUUCUUGGCCCAGCAAAAAAAGGACAAGGAACUAGCACCGUUCAAGAUCGUCGUUCAAGGUAAUGAAAUGCGUCCUGUUGACGUUCAAGAACCAAAGCCCGAAGGAGGGAUAACAAAGUCCGGUGUGUGUGGAUUUGAAGCUUUACGCGAUGCUGCUAUUGAGAAUUUGAGUAUAGCUCUAAGAGCAGCUCAUUCUUUAGAUCCUUAUUGUGUACCCGCAUUAGUUGCAAAUGUCUCGAAUCGACUGUUCACUGCUGAAAAACAUGAGUCAGAAUCGAGUUUAGUUUCGCUCAAUAUAAUUGUGAUGCUGGGCCACGUAGCCGUAGCGCUCAAGGACACCCCCAAAACAACACAGAAUAUUCUUCAAUUCUUCAUCCAACGUUUCUGCAAAGUACCAUCCGAACAAAAUGCUUUGAUUGUUGAUCAGCUUGGCUGCAUGAUCAUAUCACAAUGUGAACCCUCUGUUUACGACGAAAUCAUGAAAAUGUUUUCCCGCGUAACAGUGCAGUCAGCCUCGCUGGCUUACACUACAAACCCAGAUCAACGUAAACAAUUCCACAAUGUUUCGGAUGCAGUAGUAAACGCCCUCGGAAACAUAGCAGCAAACAUCCAAGGAGAAACUGAAAUGUUGGACCUUCUCGGAAAAUUGCUUGAACUGUUUGUUCAAAUUGGAUUGGAAGGUGAACGGUCGUACGACAACACACCAGGAGCUCAGAAAGCAAGCUCCAGUGCAGGAAAUCUAGGUAUGCUGAUUCCGGUUAUAGCGAUACUCGUCCGACGGCUGCCACCAAUCAAGAACCCGAAGCUGCGAUUGCAUAAGCUAUUUAAGGACUUUUGGUUGUAUUGUGUUGUCAUGGGUUUUACGAAUUCUCGACUGUGGCCGAUUGAUUGGUAUCAUGGAGUUCAACAGAUCGCAACAAAGUCUCCGCUGCUGAUUUCCCAAACGGCACAUCGAUCUGAAAUGCGAGAACUGAAUUAUUCGUCGGCUGUCAAAUCGGAUUCGGUUAGUUUGAACGAGUUGCGUAGUCAAAUUAUGCUGCUUUUAGAUCAUCCUCCGGCUGAGGUCACGGCUUGUAUUAACAAGCUAACCUUUGCACAAUGCACGUACUUGUUAAGUGUGUACUGGUUAGAAACUCUCAGAGUUGAAAAUGCAGAUGAACCUAGCCUGGAGCCAAUUUUAAGUUAUUUGUGUGAUACAGCUUUACAAAAGGACAAAUCAGGGAUAUGGCAGUGUAUUAAAUGCAUUGCUGAUCAGGUGUUUGAAAAAUUCCGUAACGUCCUCUUCUCCGAGGACCAGGUGCGAGAGAAAGUCUUGGAAUCGCAAGCAAUGCUUUUACUUGUCUAUUUCAAUCACAUUCACAAACAAAUUCAGUUAGUGGCCGAUCAAUACCUAGCAAAGUUAGUCGACAAAUUUCCGCACCUCUUGUGGAAUCGUCGAGUUUUAUGGUGCAUGCUUGACAUCCUCCAGCUGUUGGCUUUCUCUUUAACUCUGCAUCCGAACGAGGAGACCCCAACAUUACGCGUGGCAUCUACUCCAUACACAUUGCAACUGAUGGACUCCCUACCAGCACGAGAAAGUCGUCUAAAAGAUUUCUCCGAUCGUUGUCAAGGUAUUGUCAGUGAAGCGAUGAAAUGGGCUCCCAGAUCGACCCGAUCACAUUUGCAAGAGUAUCCAAACCAAAUUCCAGUCCCGUCUCUUGCGCAUCAUAGUGGUCUGGCAUUGGCUUUUGAUUCGGUUGUCAACACGAACACAUUCCUUCCCAAUGCGCUUCCAUCGAGCAAUAAACGGCCAAAUUGCGUUAAGAGCGAUACACCGAGAUUUGUAUCUGUACUUUGCCUGAGAAGCAAAUAUGCUGGUGAAAUUACAGGCUUGCUUUCCGUUUUAAACGAUGAUGAAAAGAAAGGCUUGGCCGAUCGUUUGGUUGCAGAAGUAUGGGAAGCUUGUGCUGAGAAGAGCGAUGCGAAACAUCGAGGGGCUCUAUGGCGUGCAACUGCAUAUCUAAUUAUUUGCGCUGGAGUUCAUCGAAAACUGUUGCAUGCUGUUUCAAACUCGCAAGUCGAACUAUUCACGGAAUCUGCUGUCGAAACUGCAGUGGAAUGCUGGCAGUGGGUACUUACAGCGCGGCAAGACCUCGAGCUGUGCUUCAUCCAAGAAAUGGUAACAGCUUGGCAAACAACAUUCGAGAAAAAGAUGGGUGUCUUCUCAGAACAACAAGAACUGACCAAUCCAUUAGCUGCUUACGAAGGAUGUAAACUAAUCGCGAAGCCUGUGCUCAUCGCUCCACAUUCAAUUUGGUUGCAAUUGAUAUCCGAAAUGGUUGACACAGCGAAAUAUUGCAAUCGAGACAAAGUUGAGAUGUUUUGCUUGCUAUUACAUCGCUGCCUCCCUAUCACGAAAAAUUCAAAGCAGGUUCGGUCCGUUUCAACAGUUGGUGUCCGCUUCAAGCUGCUCCAGUGUGGAUUGUCUCUACUUCAAGGUAGUACCAUUCCAAAAUCAUUGGCCCGGAACAUCUUACGAGAGAGAAUUUACAGCAACGCUUUGGACUAUUUCUGCGGGCCACCAACCUGCCCUGCACAGAGCAAAGAUGAACUCCUCGAAGACAUUCAGAUAUUGCUGAAAUUCUGGCAAACUAUGCGAAGUGAAAAGAAACAUUUGGUUGCAACUGAAGUCGGAGACUAUGACGUGAAUCCAUCAACGCAAACUUUGUCGGUGCGUCAGAAUGCUGAAACAGCUUCCAUGGCAGGAAGCGAAGUUGCCCGCUCGACGCCAACCGGAUCAGCUGGUUGGUACAACACAAUCCCGCAUUCGACGUCGACCCUUUCAAAACGUUCCAAUCGAUCUAAGCGAUCGCCCUUCCAAAAGGAUGCUUACGACAAGGACUACAUGAAGAAACGAAAUUUGAUAUUGGAACUUCUGGCGGUUGAGAUUGAAUUUUUGAUUACAUGGUACAAUCCAAAUGGAACCUUAGACUUGAUGAUAUCAGGUGAAGAUCAAGUAGCCGAGUGGCGCGCUCGCCCUUUGAAACUGAAUGUUUGGAGGGACUACACCCGCUUGGCAUGGUCGCACAACCCAGCCCUAGCCAUAUUCCUUCCGCAAAGAAUUCGUAACGCCGAAUCUAUUGAAGAUGAAGUGGCAAGAUUGGUUUGCGCUGAUCCGAUUGCUGCAGCUCACAUUCCAGACGCUCUCAAGUACCUGGUGUCCACAAAAACCCUUCUUGCAGAAUCUCCAGAGCUAGUGUACAUGUUGAAAUGGGCUCCAGUUGGGCCUAUCCAAGCAUUGUCCUAUUUCUCGCGGCAAUACCCUUCGCAUCCAUUGACUGCUCAAUAUGCUGUAAACACGCUUUCGUCCUAUCCAGCUGAAGCCGUACUUGCAUACAUUCCACAACUAGUACAAGCAUUGCGUCAUGACAGCAUGGGUUACGUUGCUGAAUUCAUUAAGAAUAUUUCGAAACGAUCACAAAUUGUGGCUCAUCAGCUUAUCUGGAAUAUGCAGACAAACAUGUUCAUGGACGAAGAUCAGCAACACAAAGAUCCGGCGCUUUACGACAUCCUGGACUCGCUUCGUAAAUGUCUAAUGAACUCGUUUUCGGGUGCUGCAAAACGAUUCUAUGAACGUGAAUUCGAUUUCUUUGCGAAAAUCACCGCAGUUUCGGGUGAGAUUCGUUCAUUCCCCAAGGGUCCGGAACGAAAGAAGGCAUGUCUGGAAGCUCUAAGCAAAAUUAAAGUUCAGCCAGGCUGCUAUUUGCCUUCGAAUCCUGAAGCUAUGGUGCUCGAUAUCGAUUACAAUAGCGGAACGCCAAUGCAAAGUGCUGCAAAGGCUCCUUAUUUGGCACGAUUUAGAGUACUUCGUUGCGGUAUAACGGAGCUUGAGGUCAAGGCGAUGGAAGUUUCUAAUAAUCCAAACUCAAUUGAUGAAACGAAAGGAACCUUGGGUGUUGAGGCAUGGCAAGCGGCUAUUUUCAAAGUUGGAGAUGAUGUACGGCAGGACAUGCUCGCACUACAAGUUAUUACGAUUUUCAAAAACAUUUUCCAACAAGUCGAUUUGGAACUGUUCCUGUUUCCAUAUCGAGUUGUCGCCACAGAUCCUGGGUGUGGUGUAAUUGAAUGUGUGCCAAACGCUAAGUCGAGAGAUCAAUUGGGCCGUCAAACCGAUUCUGGUCUGUAUGAAUACUUUUUGCAUCAAUAUGGCGAAGAAACAUCAAAAGAAUUCCAAGCAGCGCGUGCCAACUUUGUGAAAUCAAUGGCUGCAUAUUCUGUCAUUGGUUACCUGCUCCAAAUCAAGGACCGGCACAAUGGAAACAUCAUGAUCGACAAAGAUGGUCACAUCAUCCACAUUGAUUUUGGCUUUAUGUUUGAAUCAUCGCCAGGCGGUAACAUCGGUUUCGAGCCGGACAUCAAGCUCACUGACGAAAUGGUCAUGAUAAUGGGUGGUAAAAUGGAGGCUCCUCCAUUCAAAUGGUUCUGUGAGCUUUGCGUGCAUGCAUUCUUGGCAAUCCGGCCGUAUCAAGAUGCAAUUGUUUCGCUCGUCUCACUCAUGCUCGACACCGGGCUGCCGUGUUUCCGCGGGCAAACAAUUAAUUUACUGAAACAGCGCUUUGCACCAACAAAAAAUAAUAAAGAGGCGGCCGCUCAUAUUUUAGCUGUUAUUAGAAAUUCAUAUCAGAAUAUUCGUACACGAACCUAUGAUAUGAUCCAGUAUUAUCAGAAUCAAAUUCCUUACUAAGGACCUGAAAUUGUUGAUGUAUUCCGGCAAGGUAAAAAUUUAUAUAUAUUAUCCCCCUCGAGAUAGUUUCCUGAUGUGCAAUAAUUUGAUAAUCAAUUUGUGUUAACGAUUCAGAACAAAUGCUUUAUUAAAUUUGCAUUGGAUUCUAAUUAGUCACUACUCCGUGAUCUCUUGACUUUCUGAAUCAUUAGAAUAUUAUUAUUAACUUACAGGUUUUAGGCAUAAAUUGUUGUUAGAAACUUCAGAUCAUUAUAAAUAUAUUGUUCCUUGAUGAAAAUAAAAUAUAGUUAUUUAAAA